AUGCCUGGUGUUCUAUGGGGCGUCUCAUCAUUCAUAUUGCUCGCUGCGAUCCUUCCAUCUGCCUCCGCCCAAACGCGACCGAGCUACCACAUCACUCCGGAAACAAAAUGGAUGAAUGACCCCCAACGGGCAGUAUUCCUGGAAGGUGAAUGGCAUUUCUACUACCUCUGGAAUGCCGACUGGGACAGCGCAAAUCCUGGCGCAGGCGGGACGGAAUGGUACCACGUCACUAGCACCGACAUGGUGCAAUGGAACGACCAGGGCGUGGCGAUUGAGAAGUAUCAGUCCACCCCCGAUGGCCUGAACUUGGGCGAUAUUGAAACUGGCAGCUCCGUGGUGGACGCGGCCAAUACGGCCGGUUUCGGCGAGAACGCUUUGGUGGCUGUCCUAACUCAGAUGGCGGACGGUAUUCAGCAGCAGUCUCUUUUCUAUUCUAACGACUCGGGAUACACCUUUACUCCCUUUGAGGGCAACCCUGUCAUGCCUAGCCCGGACCCGGACAGCAAACCAGCGUUUCGGGAUCCCAAACUCAUCUGGGACGAGGGCGCAGGGAAUUGGGUUUCUGCAGUCGCGGAAGGAAGCUAUAUUGGGUUCUAUACAUCGGCGGAUCUCAAGGAUUGGAAAUUUGUGUCGACUUUCUCGCCAGUGGACUCCGGCGUCGACUUGGGUACUCUUGAGUGCCCGGAUCUAUACCAGCUCGACCUUGACGGCGACUCGGGCACCCGCGUCUGGAUCCUCGCCGUCGGUGCUAAUGGAUAUGUCCAGGGAAAGAUAACGGGUACCGCUUACUGGGCUGGCACAUGGGAUGGCACCAAUUUUGUAGCCUCGGACAGCGACCCCCAAUGGAUGGACGAGGGCCCGGACUUUUACGCCACUGUCAGCUGGGAAAAUCCAGACGACCAAUUCGGGAGCCGCUAUUGCAUUGGCUGGAUGAACAAUUGGGGUUAUGCCAACGAGCUGCCCUACUAUGGAGGUUUCCAGGGCCAGCAAAGCUUAGUGCGGGAGAUUAAAUACCAGACAAUCAACGAGUCUCCCCGGCUGGUCAGUCUUCCCAUUGCCGGGUAUGAAGCCUUAUUUUCAAGCCCCGUCUCUGUCGAAGGGGCGGAAAUCACAACGGAUGCGGCAACGGCCUCGCUUCCCGCUGAGCUUGCUGGAGGCGCAUAUGUCAUUCGAGCAACAGUCUCCAAGGCCGACGGUGACGACGGAGACCAGGUAUACUUCCGGGUUAAAUCUGACGGGACCUCUAGCACAACAGUCGGUUACAACUUUGCCAACUCCGAGGUCUUCCUGCUCAGGGACUCUGAUGGCUCCGCUUCGGAUAAUUUGGCAUUGGAGGCCAAGCAGGUUUGGGACGCCAGACGGUCUUGGGUAAAUCCUGCAGGUGGGAACACAAUCCAGCUUGCAAUCUACGUCGAUUGGAACUCGGUUGAGGUAUUCGUGAACGAUGGUGUCGCAGCGCUGUCCGCCCUGAUCUACCCGAAUGAAGACGCCGAGGGUAUUGAGGUCGCGUCAGAGUCGGGAAAGUUGACCUUGACUUCGUUUUCUUACGCUGGCAUUAAGGCAUAGUGGUGGUCUGUGCAUCAUUUCACGGCUUAUACAAGGAAGGUGGUUUGCGAUGUCAUGGGGGCAUGCAAUGCAAUUUUCGAACCGCGAG